UUUAUGCGUGUGUAUAGUAUGCGCAUAUAAUAACAAUUACGGCGCGCCAGCCCGCAGGGGGUAUUGUGUGAUACAUCCAUAUACAACACUUGUAUUUUGGCAAAAAGUUAAAAAACAAAAAAAACAAAAGAGUUAAUAAAAAUUGUUGCGAAGAGCAGUGGGAGCGUAAAAAUAGUAGAAAAAAAUAGUACUAAUGCAUUAUAUUGAUGUGAAUUAGAGGCAGGCUCGCACGUGUCCUAUCAUAGGUAGACGAUAAAAUUCAAAUAAAAAGAGCGCACUCGUCGAUAAUAGCCAUAGCCGAGCAGCUGAGUACUUAUGUGUACUCUCUGGCACGCAGCUGAGCCGAGAACGGGGAUAAGGCAUAUUAGGUAGGUACCUAUAAGCGUAUGAGGUAGCUAGCGCGAGGUAGAGCUGUGAUCCGCAGCGCGCUUGCACGAGCAGAUCGAGAGCGAGCGCGGCAAGCGCAGAAAAACAACAUUUUCGCGAAAACAAAGCACCAGUGCGGUAUAAGCGAUCGAGCCGAACGGGAGGUCUUACCGGGUCUUACGUCGUCAAUGGUUGCGUUCGUCUAGGAGCGCUGAGGCCGCGAAAGAGGCCGCGAAAGCUUCAGCUCAGCAGCUUCCGCUUGCAGCAUGAGGUGCUCGUCUACGUGGCCGUCCCUCUGCGUCCCGGUCCUUUGGCUGCUUCAGGUCCGGGCCUCGCUUUUCGAGGAUAGCUUGCGACUCGCGCUAUGCCAAGCGCGAUGUCCCGACAAUUUAAAAUGCAUCGAAGAAUGUCACUCGGCAAGCAAUAACGUUACAGAUAUUCCAUAUCUGCAAAAGUCCUCCGAGUCAAACGUUCAUCUCCAAUGCAAGGAUGCCAAUCGUUUGGUUCUAAAGCACCGAGCUGGAAUAUACGUUAUUGAAACUCUCGAUAGUUUCUAUGGCAAUUGGACCUCGCCGAUCAUAAGCAAAAAUCGCUUUUACGAGUCCGCGAAUUUAAUGCCAAGGCAUCGAUAUCGAUAUCGCAUUCGUAAAGUACAUUCCCAGGGAGUUUCUUUACCGGAAAUCACAGAAUGGUUUCAAACAAACGCCGAGACGUACGUUCCGAUCGCAGUAAAAAACCUAUUAAUUGGUGAAAUAAACCCGAAUAAAAAUAGACCGGGCCAGUUGCAGGCACGCUUGGAUAUCAUUCCCGCUGAUGAUCUUAAUUGUCAGUACAAUGUGAUACACUGGGGCGGAGAGCACGACUUGUAUCAGUAUCAGCUCGACGCGGCUCGCGAGUACAGUUUGGAAUUACGACACUUGAAUUAUGGGAGAAAUAAUACGGUUUACGUUGUAUCGAGAAAUGAAUUGGGCUCGCUACAAAGUGAGAACGCAACGUUAACGUUCCAAACGCCUUCUUGCCUGUCUGUGCAUCGCAAUCUAAGCGCCUGUGCUCCGGCACCAGUAACUGGGCUGCAUGUUGCCUAUCAGUCGAAUAAAAAUGCGGUCGAUUUCAAAGUUGCUUGGGAGGAAGCCGAACUGCAACCCAAUAAUUAUACCAUCAUUGUUCAACCGCUAGAUUUUGAAAAUAGCAGUGUCGAAGUGACCGUUUCUGGGAACGAAACCACGGUCGACAUUCCAAAAGUAGCGCUAAGCCGUCAAUACAAAAUUGCUAUUCUUGCCGAGUCCGAGGGAGGAACAAGCUUGGAAUGGAAAUUGAUUACUGCUACGACCAGGCUAACGGUGGAAUCUCAGGUCAUCAUAGCCAUUUCAACGCUCACAACUCUUGUACUGAUCGUUAUAUUCGGCUACACCUACAUUCGUUACAAGAGAAUGAAGGGCCAUUCAGGCUGUCAGUACAGCUUUUUCGAGAACAUCAAUCGAAAAGCCUGCGGCUUCGAAGAUAUAAAAGCUCCUCUGAAAACUCUAUCACCAUACGAGGCAGAGGACAACAAGUCGAGAGACAAAUUUGAAAUUCAAGUGGAUCGCUUGUCGAUAAAAAAAAUUUUAGGAAGCGGAAUCAGCGGAGUCGUCAAGCUGGCUACCUUGCAAGACGAUAAAAAGAAAAUAAUCCAAGUCGCUGUCAAAAUGCUUCGGGAAGACGCAAGCUCUGACGACGUGCAAAACUUUCAUAGGGAAAUCGCGUUGAUGAAAUCUGCCGGCAACCAUCCGAAUAUCGUUUCGAUCAUUGGCUGCUGCACUUUGAGUAAGCAGCCACUGCUCGUCGUCGAGUUUUGCAGUAAAGGUGAUCUACAGACGUACUUGCGAACGAUACUAGAGGAGAUGAUGACGGCAGUUUUCAAAAAAGUCAAUCGCUCAGCCGAAUCCAAUGGGCCGCAGUCAAUUCUCCAGCGAGAAAGCAACAAUUUUGCUUUGGCAAUCAACAACCGCUUAUACGACAUUCAACAAGAAUCUGGAGUGGAGAACAAGAUCAAUCCCGAGGACUUGCUAAAUUUUGCUCGACAAGUGGCAUCUGGUAUGGAAUUCUUAUCGUCAAAUCGCAUAGUGCAUCGCGAUUUAGCUGCUAGAAACGUACUUGUUUGCGCCGAUCAAACUGUCAAGAUUUCGGACUUCGGCCUGAGCCGCGAUAUAUACCAAGAGAAUGUUUAUAAAAAACAAACCAACGGAAAGCUACCGAUCAAGUGGAUGGCUAUUGAAGCCCUUACUCAUCAGGUCUACACAACUCACAGCGACGUUUGGUCUUUUGGCGUUCUUCUUUACGAGAUAGUGACGUUAGGAGGUAAUCCCUAUCCAGGACUGCCAUGCUGCGAAGUUCUGCAUUUUCUGAAAUCAGGAUAUCGAAUGGAACGCCCAUCUAACUGUGGAUUUCAGCUCUAUGAAAUAAUGCGUUCUUGUUGGCAUGAAAAUCCUCUCAACAGACCGACGUUUUACAAUUUGAAACAGCAACUUGAUAAGCUGUUAACCACCUUUACAGGUAACGAAUACUUAAAUUUGUCGGAACUUUUACGAGAACCCACUACUCAGCAUCGAUAUUUUCUAAAGCAUGACAGAAUAAAUUCGAAUAUUCUAACAAUCCCUCAUAUUAUUUGAAAUUUACUCAUAUCGCGCAUUUUUCUAUUUUCAAUAUUAUCAUUUAGUGAUUAUAAUGAAACGUCGAAUAUUUGUAAUAUAGAAUAUCUACCUCAGUUUUUGACUUUAUAUAAAAAUCAUAAGUAAUACAUUUAAAAUCAGUAAUGCAUGAUAUGAUUGCGUAUUUAAAUGUCAUUUAUUUACACGGGAUCACAGGACGUAACUUCUGAUCAAAAUAUUUGGAAUAAUUGACUUCGUUAAUAUGUAAUAAAUGGAAUAAAUCGUGUGUUGGUAGUUAUUAGUCGAUAUUCUUUGUAAAAUAUUGAACAUUAUCUUAAUAAAUAUAAAAACGUGAUUUAUUGUAAUUUUAUAUGAAUAUGUAUACAUAUAUAUGUAUAUAUCAUAUAUACCUAUAUACAUACAUAUAUUUAUAUAUAUAUAUAAUAUUUACAGCUUUUUUACGACAGUUGCAAAAGUUUUUUAUAAAUACCCUGCUACUUAUAUUCAUAUUUAUAUUGAUAUAUCGUAUAGUUAUACUACAAAUCUAUACAUUGUAUUUAUUUUUUUGCUAGGUUGCGAUCGCGCAAAAUCGUGUAUAAAAGUAGAACCUACUUAAAUCGGACAUUUGUUCCAGAUGAUUCACGGGCAAUUUAUAGAAUUCUUUUUUAAUAUUGCAUUUUUCGGCGGACAGCUCCGUAAAUAUUGCAACAUAAACAGUUAUCCAGAACUCUACAAUCUUUGAAUACCGAGUUUUUAAUAUGUUAACAUUUUUUUCGUUUACAUAAAAACGGGAUCAUUAUAAAACUUUGAGUAUAAAGAUUUCAGAAGUGUGAUAACAAGAUUAUUUAUACGACAGACUAAUAAUAUAUUUAAAGCUGUUUAUCUAAAUUGGAAAUCAAAGAAAAUUAUUUUUGAUUUCAUUAUAAAACUGUAAUAUAAAUUUAUAAAAAAACUCGGUAUAAGGUUGACAAUCUUACAAGCCUAUACAGUGUGCAUGCAAGAUCAUACUUCAUAUCAUAUCAAAAUACUUUUAAGACUUAUAUACUACAAUAAUAAUAAUAAUAAUAAUAAUAAUAAUAAUAAUAAUAAUAAUAAUAAUAAUGAUGAUGAUAAAACAGAAAAAGAUAUUUAGUAUAAUCAUUUACAGAAAUAAAUCUGUUUAUAGAAAUAAAUAUUCAUUGAACUUUACUGAUCCAAAAUAAAUGUUUUCGUUCAAGCUCCAUUAUUUCUUCACAGUUAUAAUUACAGAGAGCAUACAAGCUCAUGCAUGAUCCACUUUACUGUGCAAUCCUGUUAUCACAGUAUAACUUGAACCCUAAUGACUACUUUAAGUCAUUGUUCUCGAUGUAUUGAUUUUUGAUUUCAUUGCAGACGUUAUGUAAAUAUGUUGGU